AUGCCCUCGCUGGUGCUUCAAAAGACGGACUGGCGUCUGCACUUGCAAAUGGGGAGCAGCAAGCGUGCGGGAUAUUUGCAGCCAAUGGCGAUAUUUCAGCUGGACGUGAUGGACGAGAGAUCAAAGACGAAGCAGGUAUGGAUGGAAUGA